CGGGGGAGACUACAAAGUACAAAGUCAAUGGAUCCCUCCCCAGCGGGUGUGGAUGUGGAAGGCCUCAACUUGGAGGGUUGGCUAUGGCUGGGAAAUUCAUCCACCAUUACGAAUCGUCCAGUCGCGAGACCUGGUACUUCCUAGACCUACAACUGCUGCUUGCUUGCCGUCUGUGCUUGCUUGCAGCUCCAUCUGCCAUGCAUCACGAUUCACCGCAGCCCCCCCCCCAUGUGCCAUAUCCCAUGUGCCAAAUGGCUCAGUGCCUGUUUGACCGUCUCUGAUCUUCUUCUCUCCCCGUCAAUCUCAUGCAGGACCGCGUUGCAACUUCCAAACUUGCUUCCAGCCACCACUUCUCGCGUGCUCCUACCGUGUAGGUGCCGUAUGCUAUGGAGUGUACAAUGCCCCUCGAUUGCCCAUCACGAUCGCGCUGCCCCAUCGGUAAACUUCCCAGACCGCAACUUUACGCGUCUUCCCAGCUCCAAUUCCAAUUUGGCAGUCCCAGUCUUCCAGAAGCACUGGUCUUGCUGUCAUCCUCGCCCGCCCCUCCGGUUCCAUUUUCCCUUGCCCCAGCUUUUCACUAGCUUUUUAGCCUUUGACGCUGCUGUCAAACUUGACGGAUCUAGUUCGCUAGGUACCCGGUGUUUCUUCCAAGUUUCCCGGAGCGUUGAACACCUCGGAGUUGGUUGUGGUUGUGGGUUGUGAUGGAGAAUGUCCAACCCUAACUGUCCGUUUCAAACGCCGCGUUCUCCAUCGCAGAGUCCAACAUUGAAAAGGACAACGACGCCGGUUGGCAGUU